AAAAAUUUGGACGGUCAUCGAGGUCCUCACACUCACCCUGCUCCAGGGGUAUCAAUCUAAGAUCGCAACGCGGAUCUAAGUACAAGUUGUCGGGCUAGUUCUCAUAUCUCAGAGCAUUCAUAGCCAUCACGAUGGGGAAGAAGCGCACAAGAGAUGCCGAUGGGCAGGGAGAUGUCGAUAUGACUGACCCCGCGCUUGACCGAAAAAAAGAUGAGGAUAACAGCUCAGACGACGAGGACAUGGACAUAGUCAAUGUAGACUUUGAGCUGUUCAACUACGAUCCGGAAAUCGACUUUCACGGAGUGAAGACGCUGCUGCGGCAGCUAUUUGACGCCGACGCCCAGCUUCUGGACCUGUCCGGGUUGAGCAAUCUCAUCGUCGAGCAGAACACAAUCGGGUCAACGUGCAAGGUUGACGACAAGGCGAACGACGCCUACGCCUUCCUCACAGUACUCAACGCCCAGGAGCACCGCGCCAAAAAGCCGGUUGCACAGCUGAUCGAGUACCUUAGUGACCGGGCCAAAACGAACGACAGCCUGGCCAGCGUCGUGCCAGAAUUGCUCGCGUCAGGCAAGCACGUCGGCCUGGUUCUGGCUGACCGGCUGCUCAAUAUGCCCGCUGAGGUCAUCCCGCCUAUGUGGUCCUGCAUGAUCGACGAGAUCGAGGCGGCCGUAGAGGACAACGAGCCGUACGAAUUCACGCACUACCUGGUGGUGUCAAGGACGUACAACGAGGUCGCAUCUAGCCUGGACCAGAGCGAGAGAAAACAGAAGAAGGCGAGGGAGGAGGCAGAGUUGCAAUACUUCCACCCCGAGGACGAGGAGAUGCGCAAGCACGCGCUCGUGUCGGGGCAGUACGCGUUUUCGAAGGAAGGGGAGUCAGUAGCGGACAGCAAGAGGGCAUUCCAGGAGAUGGGAGUCAAGUCGUCCGGCUUUAUGAUGCUAAUUGAAGCGAGCAAGUUCCAGAAGGCAGUGCAGUCUAUCGCCGAAUACGUCGGUACAGCCUCCUAAAAGCAGCGCAAUGCAAAAAAAAA